CUUAGUGACAGUAGAGGUGAAGCUGUCAUAAUGUCACUUUCGGUCUGUGGAGGCGGAAAAACAGGUUAAUGCAGGUAUGCUGUUGGGGUGUUAAUUUAUGACGUGUGGAGAAAGUCACAAUUCGUGGUUUACAGCGUCACAUUUCAUUACCUGCAUUUUACCUGAGCCGCUCACACCCUCCUGUUGGCCCGCUGGGGAACACACCGGUCGGCGGAUUAAAACGGAUUUACUGUCUUUGAGAAAUGAAAUGAAAUGAGGUUUUACUCCGUCAGAUUUGGAUGUCUGUUGGCUUUCGCGGGUUUUGUGUCGUUUACCUGGAUUAAAUCAAUUCCCAAUCAUGGAGUUUCUACAGUACAGCUCGACCUGCAGACCCUGUACGAGCGCCUGUCCGUGGCCGAGCAGUUGGGAGGCGAGGUCAGAAAGGAUCUCAGCAGCAUGCUGGAAGAGCUGAAGAACAUAUCCAAAGCUGUCAACAACACCCAUCACACCACGAACACCACCACCACCACCACCACCAACACCAACAACAACAACAUCUCCACAAUCCUAUCAGAAACAAGAAAGCGGGGAGACAACACUUCAGAUGGACAGUCGAUCCUGCAGCCCAACAUGUACUUCUACAUGCCCCAUCUCAGACAACAUCCAGAGAGCCUCGUACCCAACAUAAAGCUGGGACAAGGACGCAGGGGAGUGUCUGUGGUGAUGGGCAUUCCCACAGUGAAGCGGGAGAAGCAGAGUUACCUGGUCAGCACACUCGGCUCUCUGCUCUACAGCCUGACUCCAUCACAGAAAAGAGACAUCCUCAUCAUCGUCUUUGUAGCCGAGACCGACUCCAAGUACGUCAGCAGCAUAGCAGAGCUCAUCGCCAACAAUUUUCCCACAGAAGUGCUGUCGGGGUUAUUGGAGGUCGUCUCUCCUUCGCAGUAUUACUACCCCGACUUCAGCAUCCUCAAAGAGACCUUAGGAGACUCCAAGGACAGAGUCAAAUGGCGAACAAAGCAGAACCUGGACUUCAGCUUCCUCAUGCUCUACGCUCAGGAUAAAGGCACCUACUAUGUUCAGUUAGAGGACGACAUCAUUGCAAAGGCCGACUAUCUCAGAAACAUGAUGACCUACACCAAUGAGGAAGCUUCCAAAGAGUGGCUCUACCUGGAGUUUUCUCAGCUCGGAUUCAUAGGCAAAAUGUUUCGAACCAGCGACCUCCCAAUGAUCUCCGAGUUCUUCCUGAUGUUCCAGAGAGACAAACCCAUCGACUGGCUGUUGGAUCACAUCCUGUGGGUCAAAGUUUGUAACCCAGAGAGAGAUGUAAAAGACUGUAAUGAGCAGAAGGCGUCACUCAGACGUAGGUACAAGCCGUCGCUCUUCCAGCAUGUCGGCCUCCACUCGUCGCUGUCCGGGAAACUUCAGCAUCUGAAGGAUAAGGACUUUGGGAGUCAGACUCUGUUCAAGGCCCACAGAAACCCUCCUGCAGCGCUGAGCAGCAGCCUGAAAGUUUACCAGGGGCACAGUCUGGAGAGAGUGUACAAAGGAGAGGACUUCUUCUGGGCGUCAUCACCCGUCAAACAUGAUUACAUCCUCUUCAACUUCUCACAGCCAAUCCACAUAUCCCGGUACCUGUUUCGCAGUGGAAAUGUCCAGCACAGUGGAGAUAAAUUCUUCAACACAACAGUGGAAGUGCUACCUAGCCAUGCGUCAGCACUAGUGGAAGCUGUGAACGGAUCGAAUUCCUCCUUCCAACAAUCUGAAAAAGGAUUCGCUGUUAUCGGCGGGUUUGAGAACGGGGUAGCUGACGGUGAAAUUGAAGAAGCGCUGCAGCCGAUCUCAGCUCUCCGCCUGGUGGUUCACUCAGACGCUGCCGUCUGGGCUCUACUGAGUGAGAUUCUAAUUAAAGUUUGAUGACCACAGUGAAGAGGGAAACCAAACACAGGCCUCAGCUUCCAGUGCUGCUGAAAAACACGGCAGGAACCUUUUUUUUUAAUUAAAGGAAGAAAGUGCAACAUUUUAUACAGAAACUAAUGUCCUAUGUACUGUAAAUGUCUGUCUGCCGUGUUUACAUCAUGUUUACAUGCACGGGACAGCCAGCUCCUCUUCUUACAGAUAAAGCUGUUUUAGUCAAGGACUAGAGAAAAGAAGAAUAAAAUACUCACUGCUUAUUUAGAUGUCACGUACGUGUCUUUAGAUCACGUUCAUUCCAUCUAAAUUAAUAUGCAAUGUGAAGGCGCUAACAUUAGCCUGCUAACACAAAAAUGCAAGCCAAAGACAAUUUGUCCACCGCUUGUACUAAAUGAUGCUUAAUUAUUGUGCAUCCCUUUUAAGAACUUCUUAUGUGAAGAAAGGGGGGGUUGGAGUUGUGUCACUGGAGAAGAGCGGAGGCUACAAUAUAGUGGAGGUGUCGCCAAAUAGCGGUUUGUUUUGGUUUAAUGCUGGUGAUCAAGGGCGACAUACUGGAUCAAAAAGUUGCACAUUCUUCCUUUAAGGAUUUCAUGAAGUGCCUCAAACAGACCAUGGCCCUUUUUCAAACCAACCCCUACACCCUCCGUUAGAAGUCACUCUCACAGCUGAGUGAAGCCCCCUUCAUCAAGGUGUCGAGUAGAAAUACAGCGGCAGGCUUUGGGAAAAACCUCCCUCUCUCAGGUGGAAACAGGAAC